GCCGCCGUGGCGCUGUGGUUGAGUCUGCAGGGGACAUGGUCGUGGUGUAGCUGUCGCUGCUUCUUGUUCGUCGUUUGCCACCCGAAAAAGAAGCCGAGGGCGAGAAGAAUUGUCGAGUCUAGCAAAACUCGCAAAGUGGAGGGAGGCGCCCUGCAGCUCAAAAUUAGUCUUAGCCCGGACUAAGCGCGCAAAAAAGAAAGAGGCAAGCUGAGAAGACGGCUGGCUGGUGACCACCAGCCAGUCAUCUCGCAUAGGGAUGAGCACGGGCGCGGCAACGAGCGCCGGUGUGCAGCGCAAGACCGUGAGGAGAGAGAAUGACAGGAUGGCGGCAGAGAUCCUUGCCUGGACCAUCGCCCAUCGCGUGCUGGCGCUGACGACGCUCGUCGCCGCGUCGCUGCUCCAGCCCGCGCACUUUGACACAUCGGCGCAGCUCCUCCUCUCCCUCGAUGCCACGAGCCCGUCCGGACGAGGUAGGUGGCUGACGAGGGUCGCCUGCGCACUGACCAGGUGGGACACGAUCCACUUCCUCGGCGUCGCCAGCCCGCGCCCGCUGCCCCUGCCACGGGGACUGGUGCACGACCGAGGCUGGCACGUCGCAGACAAGCAGGGCACCGCAGCUGGCGGCGGCCUCCAGCACGAGCACUCGCUCGCCUGGCAGCCGGGCAUCGUCUGGCUGCUCAGAUUGGCAGGCUACCGCUCCUUUGAUGGCCUGCUGCAGAGCUGGUCGCCCGUUCAGGCCGUCCUUCUCGUCUCUCUCCUCGCCACGGCCGCCUCCUGCCUCUUGCCCGUCCUUCUCUAUCGCCUCACGCUAAUGCACACGCGAAACAAGGCCCUCGCGAGGACGGCAGCCUACCUCUCCAUCCUCUCGACGUCGCCUUCGACGCUCAUCACACCAACCCCGGAGCCCUUCUUUGCCCUCUUUACUCUCCUGGGCCAUCUGUCGCUCGAGUCUGUCUCUCCGCUGGCUGCAGCGCUCUUCUACGCCAUUGCGACGGCCUUCCGUGCCAACGGCAUCAUGCUGGCUGGCUUUCUCGUCUGGAAGCUCGUUUGGGCCAGGCUCCACGCUGCUGCUGCUGCAAAGACGACCAAUUCUUCCCUGGCCGCCGAAAUGGUAUUCAGAAUAGCCGUGGCGACCCCUCUCGCGGUUGCCAUUACUCUUUCUCCGUUCAUCCUCGGCCAGACAUGGGCAUACAUGCGCUUCUGUCUCGACGACGGCGCAGCGGCAGCGAGGCCGUGGUGCAAUAGAGCACUCCCGCUCAGCUACACCUUCGUGCAGCGAGAGUACUGGGACGUGGCCCCCUUUCGCUAUUGGACCGUGGCCCAGCUGCCCAACUUUCUCCUGGCAGCGCCCGUGCUGGCGCUGUCCCUGCGCUUCUGCUCGCAGUACUACGCCACCGAUCCCAGGGCAGUCCUGCAUCUCACUCUCCGGCCCUGGAGGGCUCUGGCAGCACCAAGAACCCAAAAACGGGCUCAGCCCAAGGAAGACAGCGAGACAUCGGAGGGCGUCAGCGUCACGACGACGCCCUCCCUCCUGCCCCACGCUCACUUUACUCUCCUCACGACGGCGCUUCUCAUCGUCAGCUCGCACGUCCAGAUUGCGUUGCGCUUCGCUUCGCCCGGUGGACUGCCCGCCGUCUGGUGGGCCGCCGCGGACGUGCUCCUGUCGACAAAGGGCCACGGAGGGGAGAGAGCAAAGAGAUGGCUGAUUGGGUACCUUGUCAUCUGGAACGUCGUCAGUCUUGUCCUGUAUGCUGGCUUCUACCCUCCGGCCUGAGGCGCAGCAGUAGCAGGAGACAGAAGAAAUGAAUCAAUGUCCACUGUGUUUUCGA